CAGUUGACAGUUAACACUUGACAUUUUUAAUUUGACAGUUUCGAUUCAAUUAGUUCUGUUUCUCAAAUAGAAACUUGAAAGUCAUUCAAAUCAUAACUUAGUUUUUUAAAUUAUAUUAGGAAAAUGUUCAGUUCACUGUCUGAUGCACCACCCCUUUGGAAUAAUGGCCCAGCACCAGGAUCUUUUUACAAUUUUCCAGGCCACCAAGUGAAACCCAAUGAUUAUUUCACACAUACUCAGUCUCCAGUUACAACGGCAACUUCUAUCGUCGCAAUUGCGUACGACAAAGGGGUUUUGAUAGCAGGAGAUCUUUUGGCUUCUUAUGGAUCUUUGGCACGAUAUAGAAAUUGUCCCAGAGUGAUUGAAGUCAACUCCAAUAUUAUACUGGGAGCUGGUGGUGAUUACGCUGAUUUCCAAUAUGUCAAAUCAUUCAUAGAUCAGAAAAUAAUCGAUGAAGAAUGUUUGGACGAUGGUUUGAAAUUCAAACCCAAGUCAAUGUAUUGUUGGCUUACAAGGAUUAUGUACCAGAGAAGGAGCAAAUUUGAUCCUUUCUGGAAUAAUCUUGUGAUUGGUGGAAUUCAGGAUGGUGAACCCUUCCUUGGGACUGUAGACAAACUAGGAACAGCCUAUGUCGAUAAGGCAAUUUGUACUGGAUAUGGAGCACAUAUUGCACUUCCAAUGCUUCGUGACGCAAUGGAUAAAAAACCAAACCUCAAUCAAGCUGAAGCCAGAGCCCUCGUAGAAAAGUGUUUGGAAGUUUUGUUCUACAGAGAUGCCAGGAGCUUUCCCAAAUAUCAGUUGGGCAUCAUUGAUAAAGAUGAAGGUGUUAAGAUCGAGGGACCACUUUCAGUAAAACAGAAUUGGUCAAUUGGUACUAUCAUCAAAUCUGUCUAGUAUAAGAAUAAUUUUAAAAUGUGAUUUUUUUAUAUUUGAAUUCAUUUUUUGGAUAAUUGUAAAAGUGAAAUCAA